CGAAACCAGACUCAACACCCGAUGUCGGUCCACCAUUACACUCGGCGUUCCCGCACGGUGGGAAACGGCAAGUUGUCACAAUGAAAACCCCUCGUUUGAGUGCCUGACGGAGAAAUUUUAAUCGGAAUGCAGUCAGCCACAGCGGACCAGGGCUUUGGUGACUCCGCGGGUUCAGUGGUGCAGGUAUGCUUCCCCAGAGCGCAGACCUCAGUUCUGGAUAGCCUGAAUCGUCAGCGCGAAGAAGGCCAUCUCUGCGACCUCUCCAUCCAUGUUCAGGGCCAGGUGUUCAAGGCCCACCGAUGUGUGCUGGCUGCUUCAUCCCCUUACUUCCAUGACCAGGUGCUGCUGAAGAACAUGUCCACGGUCUCCAUCCCGGCCGUCAUGGACCCUCUGGCCUUCGAGAGUGUCCUCAGCUGCGCUUACACCGGCCAGCUGCGAAUGCUUCGUGAAGACAUCGUUAACUACCUCACUGUUGGCAGUGUGCUUCAAAUGUGGCACAUUGUGGACAAAUGCACUGAGCUUCUCAAAGAGGGGAAGGGAGGUUCCAGUGGGCCUCAGGGAUCCGGAGAAAAGGAGAACGUGGGACAGGGCAGCAGCACCAACAAGGUGGCCCAAGCAGAUGGAGGAGAAGCACCUUCUACACCUCAACCUCCCAGCCGACCCUCCUUCAGUGAGAGCCAGUCCCCAAGCAGCACUAAUUACUUCAGUCCUAGAGACGCAAACUUUGGCGGGGCCAUGGUGACCACCAUAGCAGUGGGAGAGGGUGCUGUACACUCCACCCCGUCCUACUGCAUGGCCUCCGGUGGAGAGGAAGGUUUCAUGAUUGAAGAUGAAGAAGACGAUGAUGAUGAGCUCUUGUUUUCCAGGAAAAGAGAUAGAGGAGGUAAGCAAAAGAGCACCUCUUCUGUCUCUGAUCAAGAGGUUGGGGUGAGUGACAGCUUUGGAGUCUCGUCAUAUCAAGAUGGAGAUUCCUCACCACCCCAGAAGCACCCAUCGUACAUUCAGCCGAGCAUUAUGCCCAGAAAACAGUGGGUGGUGGUAAAGACGGAGCACUCGAGAGAUGAUGACCUGAUCGUAGUGUCAGGAGGAGAGGAAGGAGGAGACGAUGAAGAGGAACGAGAAAUGGCCAUAGUCAGGGAGAGGGACAGGACAUUUAACAUAUCUAAUGUUAGAACCCUUUCUGGACUUAGAGAAGAUGUUGAAAUGGAUGCACAGGUUGACUAUUGUCAGUCCUCGGAAGACUACCUCAAAUUUGAGAGGGGUAUGAUUGACCAAACUUCCUCUCAACACCCUCCUGAGAACUCCAGUCAGUGCCCCAACAGGGCCAUGUCUGGAAUGCUCAGCUCGGUUCAGUCAACGUCUGCCAGAGCUCAACUCUUCCCUCUGGAUAUGCAAGGAAACCAGAUUCUUCUGUACAAUCAAGCUGCCCUGGAGUCUACGUCUCCAUUAGGCCUCACAGGGGGAAUGUCCGGGGUGUCUCUAAAAGGAAGUCUUGAACACGGAGCGGUCCACUUGCCUAGCCAAGGGGCUUUGGGUAGUGGUAUGGAAGGCUUAGACGCCGGCUCUGCUGGCAGUUCAGGCAAGGUCUUCAUGUGUCAUUGUGGGAAGACGUUCACUCACAAGAGCAUGCGUGACCGCCACAUCAACAUGCACCUGAACCUGCGGCCCUUCCACUGCCCUGUUUGUGCCAAGAAGUUCAAGAUGAAGCAUCACCUCACAGAGCACAUGAAGACCCACACCGGUCUGAAACCCUAUGACUGCCAUGGCUGUGGGAAAAAGUUCAUGUGGCGCGACAGCUUCAUGAGGCACCGCUCACAUUGCGAGAGACGUGGCAGGGCAGAGAGAGGAUCUGAGAGGUCGGUCAUCUCUCCGCCACAUCACCUGAAGCUCCCCUCAGCUAGUGAGCCCAAUCAAGGUGGUGCCGGCGCUAGAAGUGGGCUUCCUAUUUUGUCUCCACAACAUUCCAUCAGCAGCAACGGUGUCUCAUGUCUCAGCAUGGCUGCAUCGGGGUCUCUUUUAGGAAUGAGCUCUCAGAGUGGGUCGCACAGCCUUGCUUCUGGCAUUCUGGGCAUCGGUGGCAAUCGUAGUGGGUGUGUGGAAGACGUCUGUGAGGAAAACAUUGACGAGAGCAGCGUCACAUAAGAGGUGACCCCUCAUGAGAUGAGUGUCCCGCAACACCAGAGCACUUGUCUUUGGUUUACCAGGGACUACCAUGCACAGUUGUCUCAAUUCUUUACCUCAUGUCGGUGAGUGCGCCAUACAAGAUGUCCCACGUGUGUUUAAAAAUAAUACCCAUGACCAAGUGCCCAUUGCUAGCUCACGUAUGUAUCUACUUAAAGACCAGGCUGCUAUGGUGACUAUCGAAACCAUAUCCGGGCCAGGAAUAUGGGAAGGUCGCCAUCAUUUUUAAAGCUGCCUCACUAGCACAGAACUUUUGUUCACUGUUGCUCUAAAGUGCCAUUCCGUUAUGUUGUCCGAUAUUAUGUUGUACAGAGGUGUACAUUACUGUAACUCAUUUGGUCCGCUCUUGAUGUGAAGUUUUAUUGUACUGUCACAACUAUAUACAGUAUACUCAAUCUUAAAUGUGUUGAUCUGAAAACAACACGACUUCCAGUGCUGGUUUCCUAAGGCCGUUUCACACCAAGAAUAAUAACUAUAACGAAAACUAUAAAUGCCCAUUCACACCAAUGACGAGGACUAUAAUGAGACCUGAGGGGUUAUCAGGUGUUGAGCUUGGUUUUGUCUGCACAGGUUUUUAUAGGCUGCCACAGAUGAGCACGGAUUAAUUUAUUUAUCUAAGAUUAAUCUGCCAUGUCAGCAACAGUGGCUAUAUUCAUGGAAAAAAAAACUGUUGAAUUGAAUCAUGUAAACCACAAUUUCAAUGCAGUGGUCCCUUGUUAUUCGCGGGACAUACGUUCUAUAAAUAACCCGCGAUAAGUGAAAUCCACAAAGUAGUCCGCUUUAUUUUUUACAAUUAUUAUAGAUGUUUCAAGGCUGUAAAACCCCUCACUACACACUUUAUACAUUUUUGUCAGACAGGCAUUAACAUCGUUUAAACACUCUCAAAGUGUCGGCACCAGUAGUGUGGUGGUUGGUGCGUUGACACAUGCACUCCGAUGCUCACGGCAACCCAGGUUCGAUUCCGCCUCGCGGUCCUGUGCCGAUCCUGCCCCUCUCUCUGCUCCCCAUGCUUUUUGUCAAUUCUCUCUACUGUCCUAUUGAAUAAAGGUGAAAACCCCGAAAAAAAUAAAAUUAAAUAGUCUUAAAUAGACAAAAUGUUUAUAUAUAUAUACAUAAUUUUUUUUGACAUUGCGAUUUGAUUUAUGAUUUAAUUCAAGCUUCAGCUCAAUAAUCUGUAAGCCGUGGCAAAAAUUCUGCUACAGCUCUUAAAAAUUACCUAGUUUUGUUCGGUGUCUGUGACCUUGAAACCAAAAUAUUCCUACAUUACAAUGCUGUUUUUUUUAAAAUAUUAAUCUAUUAAUGUUUCUGAAGCAGCAGACGCCAUAAU